GGGGACCUGCCUGGCGGAGCGACCUGCGCCCUGAGACUGACUGAUUGACUCGGGGGAGGGAGCGCGGUCCGGACGCCCGCGGAGCCGCAGACCAGGACGAAGAUGAGUCUUAAGUCUGAACGCCGAGGAAUUCAUGUGGAUCAGUCGGAACUCCUAUGCAAGAAAGGAUGUGGUUACUAUGGCAAUCCUGCUUGGCAGGGUUUCUGCUCCAAGUGCUGGAGGGAGGAAUACCACAAGGCCAGGCAGAAGCAGAUUCAGGAGGAUUGGGAACUGGCAGAGAGACUUCAACGCGAGGAGGAGGAAGCCUUUGCCAGCAGUCAGAGUAGCCAAGGAGCUCAGUCCCUCACAUUUUCAAAGUUUGAAGAAAAGAAAACCAAUGAGAAGACCCGCAAAGUUACCACAGUGAAGAAAUUCUUCAGUGCUUCCUCCAGGGUUGGAUCAAAGAAGGAAAUUCAAGAAGCAAAAGCUCCCAGCCCUUCUAUAAACCGGCAAACCAGCAUUGAAACGGAUAGAGUGUCCAAAGAGUUCAUAGAAUUCCUCAAGACCCUUCAAAAGACUGGCCAAGAAAUCUAUAAACACACCAAGCUGUUUUUAGACACAAUGCAUUACAAAAGGGAAUUAAGUAUUGAGGAACAGUCAGAAUGCACUCAGGAUUUUUAUCAGAAUGUGGCUGAAAGAAUGCAGACUCGUGGAAAAGUGCCUCCAGAAAAAGUUGAGAAGAUAAUGGAUCAGAUUGAAAAGUACAUCAUGACUCGCCUCUAUAAAUACGUGUUUUGCCCAGAAACUACUGAUGAUGAGAAAAAAGAUCUUGCUAUUCAAAAGAGAAUCAGAGCCCUACACUGGGUUACACCUCAGAUGCUUUGUGUCCCUGUUAAUGAAGAAAUUGCAGAAGUAUCUGACAUGGUAGUUAAAGCAAUUACAGAUAUUAUUGAAAUGGAUUCAAAACGUGUGCCUAGGGAUAAGUUGGCCUGCAUCACCAAAUGCAGCAAGCACAUCUUCAAUGCCAUCAAGAUCACCAAGAAUGAGCCAGCGUCAGCUGAUGACUUCUUACCCACUCUUAUCUACAUUGUUUUGAAGGGCAACCCCCCACGCCUUCAGUCCAAUAUUCAGUAUAUCACUCGCUUCUGCAACCCAAGCCGAUUGAUGACUGGAGAAGAUGGCUACUAUUUCACUAAUCUGUGUUGUGCCGUGGCUUUCAUUGAGAAAUUAGAUGCUCAGUCUUUGAAUUUAAGUCAGGAAGAUUUUGAUCGAUACAUGUCUGGCCAGACUUCUCCAAAGAAGCAGGAAUCUGAGAAUUGGCCUGCAGAUGCUUGCAUAGGUGUCAAACAAAUGUAUAAGAACUUGGAUCUUCUGUCUCAGUUGAAUGAGCGACAGGAAAGGAUCUUGAGUGAAGCCAAGAAACUCGAAAAAGACCUAAUAGAUUGGACAGAUGGAAUAGCAAAAGAAGUUCAAAACAUUGUUGAGAAAUAUCCACUUGAAAUUAAGCCUCCAAAUCAAUCUUUAGCAGCAAUUGACUCUGAAAAUGUUGAAAAUGAUAAACUUCCUCCACCACUUCAACCUCAAGUUUAUGCAGGAUGAUAAAAAUGUUCAUAGUGUUUAUUUGAGCCUAAAUUGUAGUUGGCUCUUUCUAUAGUUCAGUGAUUGGGAUCUAGACUAUAACUUAAUUACUCCAAACAAUUUUAAAGGUACAUUUUAUGGUGGUUGUUUUGCUUUGUUUUUCAAGGCAAGGGAAGCUUGGUAAAUAAUAAAAUGCUAUUUAUUUGAGUUACUAAAAUAGAUUCAUUUAAAGAUUAUAUGAAAAUUUUGUCUAACCUAUUUCUCCAUGACUUUCCAGUAUGUUUUCUCUGUUGCAUUCUCUGUGGUUUGGAUUUGGUUGAAUACUUGCCUUUUAAAGGAUAAAACAAAAUACUAGAAACUAUAUGUUAAAAGAAAAUCAAUGGUACCUCUAUUCUACAGUUUGAAAUAAUUUUAUAAUUGUAAAGUAAAAGAUAUAUUGAUAAGUAAAUAUGUAAAAUUGUAAAUAUAUUUUAAAAAGAUGGUGUCUGCUGUGCAUGGCAUUUCAUAUGUUAAUUUUUUUAAUUUAAAAAUGAAGCAUAUUGCCUCUUAACACAGUUUAAUUUGGUUUAUCCCAUUUUAAAUGGAUCUAGGAAGGUUGACUUCUAUGAUGUUAAUCCUAACUUUAAGGUCCUAUGACACCACUGGGAUUCAGGAUAAUUUUUAGAUCACAUACAGUUGAAGACUUUGAACCAUGCUUCUUGAUCCCCCUUCCUUUCUGCAUUAGAAAAUAUUUACUAAGCCUAGUGAUGUAAGGAGUUGACCUAGGAAUGAACACACACCCACACUCAAUUCUAAAAAUUUAUUCCACAUAUCUCCAAAUAUCUCCUGGGGCAGUUUUGC